UACACUUCGAUUUCAAAGUUUUGAUCUUUUUUUCAGUUUCAAACGGCAAAGGCCUAAGAUUUUGAUACAUUUUUUUUGUUUUGUUUUAUAUAUUGGGUUUCAAUGUACUUUGCUUCUUCUGGGCUUCAAUGUACCUGGAAAAGUAAUUGCCCAGUGAUGAACAUCAUAGUGGAAAAGGGUUUCUGAUGUUUAAGGUUUUAUCAUUUGUUGAUUUCAUUGUGAAUAUUUUAAUUCGCUUUAUUCAAUUUUUAUUUUAUUUUAUUUUAUUUUCUGGGGUCUAGUUCUUGAGCGGUUUCUUCUACAGUUAAAGUUGGCUCCUUCGUUUGGGUGGAAGAUCCAGAGGAGGCAUGGUUAGAUGGAGAAGUUAUUGAGGUUAAUGGAGAUGAUAUUAAGGUCCGAUGUACCUCAGGGAAGAUGUUUCUCAUCUUUUCUUCAGGUGGUUGUCAAAGUUUCAAAGGCAUAUCCGAAAGAUAUGGAAGUUCCACCUUCUGGAGUGGCCGACAUGACAACGCUAGCAUAUCUACAUGAACCAGGGGUCCUACAGAAUCUUAAAUCAAGAUAUUACAUAGACGACAUUUAUACUUACACAGGAGAUAUUUUGAUUGCGGUGAACCCUUUUAAACAAGUAGAGAACCUUUACAAUGACCAUAUGAUUGCACUCUACAAAGGAGCUCCCUUUGGAUCAUUGAUGCCUCAUCCGUUUGCAGUUGCGGAUGCAGCUUACAGACAAAUGAUUAAUGAGGGUGUUAGUCAAUCAAUCUUGGUAAGUGGUGAAAGUGGAGCAGGGAAGACUGAGACUGCUAAAACGCUUAUGAAAUAUCUGGCUAAAAUGGGAGGUCGAGCUGUCAAUGAUCUCUCGACCAGAAGGAGGAGUGUUGAAGAUCAAGUUUUGGAGUCAAAUCCUGUUUUAGAAGCAUUUGGGAAUGCAAAGACCGUCAGAAACAACAAUUCAAGUCGAUUUGGUAAAUUCGUGGAGAUUCAGUUCGAUCAAAGGGGAAGGAUAUCAGGAGCUGCCAUCAAGACUUAUUUGUUAGAGAGAUCAAGGGUGUGCCAAGUGUCAGAUUAUGAGAGAAACUAUCACUGCUUUUACAUGCUUUGUGCUGCACCACCUGAGGACACUAGAAAACUUAAGCUAGAGGAUCCAACAACAUACCGUUAUCUGAAUCAGUCUCGUUGUAUUAAGUUAGAGGGGAUGGAUGAUUCGAAAGAGUAUACUAAAACCCGAGAAGCAAUGAGCAUUGUCGGGAUAAGCUCAGAGGAGCAGGAAGCGAUAUUUCGAAUUUUGGCGGCUAUUCUUCAUCUAGGUAACAUAGAAUUUACCAACGGAGAAGAAACAGACUCGUCAGUUCCAAAAGACAAGAAGUCACUGAAGAUUGCGGCUGAGCUUUUCAUGUGUGAUGAGCAAGCACUGGAAGAUUCUCUUUGCAAACGUGUAAUGGUGACACCUGAAGAAACACUUUCCAGAUGUCUGGAUCCUGAAUCUGCAGCAUUGAGCAGAGAUGCUUUGGCAAAAUUUUUAUACUCAAGAUUGUUUGAUUGGAUUGUUAACAAGAUCAAUAAUUCAAUUGGGCAAGAUCCUGACUCGAAAAACAUGAUCGGAGUGCUUGAUAUUUAUGGAUUCGAGAGUUUCAAGACAAACAGCUUUGAACAAUUUUGCAUCAAUUUGACCAAUGAGAAACUUCAGUUCCACUUUAAUGAGCACGUCUUAAAAAUGGAACAAGAUGAGUACAAGAAAGAAGAAAUUGAGUGGAACCACAUCGAUUUCCCAGAUAAUCGAUAUGUUUUGGAACUUAUUGAGAAGAAACCUGGUGGUAUAAUUGCUCUUCUGGAUGAGGCUUGCAUGUUCCCAAGAUCAACGCAUGAAACAUUUUCUCAAAAGAUGUAUGAAACAUUCAAAAAGAACGAGUACUUCCGCAAGCCAAAAUUAGCUCGUACUGACUUCACAGUUUGCCACUACGCCGGUGAUGUCACUUAUCAGACCGAACAGUUUCUGGAAAAGAACAAAGAUUAUGUUGUUGCUGAGCAUCAGGCUCUUCUGGGUGCUUCUAGUUGCACUUUUAUUGCAGGUCUAUUUCCUCUUCAAAUGGAAGAUGCUAGCAAACAGUCAAAGUUUUCUUCUGUAGCUUCACAAUUUAAGCAACAAUUGGCAUUAUUGAUUGAACGUCUCAGUACUACUGAACCUCGCUAUAUUCGUUGCGUUAAGCCCAAUAAUCUUCUGAAGCCUUCUAUCUUUGAGAACCAAAAUGUCCUGCAACAGCUACGUUGUGGGGGUAUGAUGGAGGCAAUUGAGAUUUGUCGUGCUGGAUAUCCUACACGAAAACGUUUUGAUGAAUUCCUGGACAGAUUUAGUAUCCUAGCUUCUCUUACUUUGGAUAAGAGUUAUGAUGAGAAAGCAGCCUGCAAGAAACUUCUGGAGGCAGUUGGACUCGAAGGAUACCAGAUUGGAAAGACGAAGGUUCUCCUCAUGGCUGGACAGAUGGCUGAGUUAGAUGCUCGGAGGACUGAGGUCUUAGGAAGAGCUGCCAGAAUUAUACAGUGGAAAUUCCGCUCCUACCUUGUCAUCAAAUCUGCAAUAAAUAUGCAGGCUGUGGGCAGAGGUCAUCUUGCUCGACAUAGAUUUGAGGACAUGCGCAGAAAAGAAGCGGCUGCUUUGAAGAUCCAGAGAGCUUUGCGGAUCUACCUUGAGAGGCGUACUUACAUAGAAGCUAUUGUUACAGUUCAGUCAUGUUUGCGCGGCAUGGCUGCUCGCAAUGCACUACGAAAGAAGACCAAGGCCACACUUGUUAUUCAGAUUCAUUGCCGUAGAUUCCUGGCCGAGACGCACUACAAGAAGCUGAAGAAAGCAGCGGUUACUACACAAAGUGCAUGGAGAGCAAGGCUAGCCCGUAAAGAACUGCGAGAGCUUAAGAUGGCUGCAAAAGAAACUGGAGCCCUACAAGCUGCCAAGAGCAAGCUUGAGGAGCAAGUGGAAGAUCUCAAGUUGACACUGGAGCUAGAGAAACGCAUGAGGGUGGACGUGGAAGAAAGUAAAACACAAGAAAAUGCGAAACUGCAAUUGGCAUUGCAGGAAGUACAAGACCAGCUCAAGGAAACCAAAGUGUCUCUCUUAAAGGAAGUGGAAGCUGCGAAAAAGACUGCAGAAAUGGUUACUGUGGUAAAGGAGGUUCCUAUUGUUGACACUGAGCUAGUGGAGAAACUCAAGAGUGAAAACGAAAACCUCAAGUCCAUGGUAACUUCGCUGGAGCAGAAGAUAGAUGAAACAGAGAAAAAAUUCAAGGAGACGACCAAAAUUAGCGAGGAGAGACUGAAGCAGGUUUUAGAAGCUGAAAGCAAGGCUUUGGAAGCUGAAAGCAAAAUCGUUGAUUUGAAGACAGCCAUGGACAACUUUUUCUUCAUUUGCAGACUCCAAAAGAUGUUAGAGGAUGUAAAAAACGAAAAUCAAGUUUUGAAGCAAUCUGUCUCAAGCACACCUGUUGAGACAGCAUCAGAAACUUUCCCUUCUACUCCAGUAAAGAACCUGCAAAAUGUCCACCAUCCUAGCGAAGAAAAUGCGUCUCUGCAGGGAAAUAUGUUUACCACACCAGCAAGGAUUCAAGGACCGAGGGGAUCCCGUUUUGAUCCUCGACAUGAGGAUGUGGAUGCCCUGAUCAACUGUGUCACAAAAAGUGUUGGAUUCAGUCAGGGGAAGCCUGUAGCGGCAUUUACCAUCUACAGAUGUCUUCUUCAUUGGAAGUCUUUUGAAGCAGAAAGAACCAAUUUGUUUGAUCGUCUUGUUCAAAUGAUUGGUUCUGCUAUUAAGAAUGAAGAAGAAGAAGAAAACGCUAGUUUGGCAUAUUGGUUAUCCAAUACAUCGACCUUACUGUUCAUGCUCCAACAAAGCUUGAAAUCUGGUGGAACCGGGGAUAAUACUCCACUUCGAAACUCACCUUCCUUGGUCUGGUGGAUGACCAAGGGUUUCCGUUCUCCAGCGGCUGAAGCGAUUAGGCCGGUUGAUGCCAAGGUUCCAGCUCUGCAUUUCAAGCAGCAGCUUGCAGCCUAUGUUGAAAACAUUAUUGGGAUUAUCUGGGAUAACCUGAAAACGGAGCUGAACACUUUCCUUACUCUCUGCAUCCAGGCACCAAUUACGUUUAAGGGGAAUGAACUGAUAUCUGAUAGCACUGCUAAACACUGGGAAGGGAUUACUGAAGCCUUAAAUGCACUGCUAACCACACUUAAAGAUAACUUUGUUCCUCCGGUUCUUAUCCAGACUAUAUUCUCUCAGGCUUUCUCACUCAUCAAUGUCCAACUGUUUAACAGCCUUGUCACCCGACGAGAUAACUGUUCAUUUAUCAAUGGAGAAUAUGCAAAAUCUGGUUUAGAUAAGUUAGAGAAAUGGUGCUCCGAAACAAAUGAAGAGUAUGCUGGCUCAUCGUGGGAUGUACUAAAACAUACCAGACAAGCUGUUGGAUUCCUGCUCAUCCACAAGAAAGAUAGAAUCUCAUACGAAGAUAUUGCAAAUGAUCUGUGUCCAAUCCUUAGCAUACAGCAGCAUUUCAGACUGUGUACUCUGUACAAGGAUGAAAUCUACAACACAGAAAGUGUUGAUCAAAAGGUGAUCGAAAGCAUGGAAAAAGUUAUGAUACUGAUAGACAUCAGCGACUUCUUGUUAAAAGAUGAUUCUAGCAACAGCAUGUCCAUGUUGAUCGAUGACUUAUCAAGUUCGAUGCAAGAUAAGGACUUUUCCCAAGUGAAACCUGCCGAGGAACUUGUGGAGAACCCAUCUUUCGUUUUCUUGCAGUAGUGCAAGUCAUAGAAACCAAAACUGCCCCCUUCAACAAAAAAAUAUAGGAGGAAGAAUCUCAGAGAUAAUGGCUGAAGAAUUUUUUAAGAUUCGCCAGUUUGUUUAUUUGUUUCUCAUUACAUAUCUCUCUCUAGUUAUCCCAGAGAGCUUAAUUAUAUAACUUGUUUUGCUGGGAGAAAACAAAAGACAUGGUCAGUUCUUGUUGGUGUUGUGCAGUUUUUCUUAUCUAUUUUCCUUUUUUAUCUAAUUUUAUAAGUUUUAUUUCA